GAGCAAACUUCAGCGGCCGGAAGGCCGUUCGCCGAUCGUCGGCCCGCGGAGGUGUCACUGCGGACACGAUACACUGGCCCGGGAGGAGUCGACGUCUCCUGCAGUCAGCCUCUAGCAAGAAUGCGGCAGGGAUCACGGAAAAAGCCAGUGAACCAGACACCGUGGCGAGCUCGUCUCGUUUUAGAACGAACCGCGAGCGCGGUGGAACACGGCGUAUAGCCGAAGACCGAGACCAAGAUAUGUACUUGCUGCGCUGCGCGUUCAGUCCCUUCCAGCUCUCGGAACAGGUUUCAUGAAGGAGAAGAGGACGCGCCACGGAGCGACGUAAAACACGAAGAGUCCAGGGUAGUAGACACGAGGAAGGUCGUCCGAGAGGAACGAGCGAAAGAUGGUCUGUCCGGAAAGGCCGGUCACGGCGCUCACCGUCUCCCUCGUCUACCUUCUGGCACUCUUCGGUUCCUACUGUCAAAUGGCGCCAGCAGCCAUGGCCGGGGCUGCCAGGGCCUGGGACGUGGUGAGCGGUCUCAAGUACAAGCUGACGACGACCUUGCUCUUCAACGAGGCUGCCCCACCGAAGACCAGCGGGGACGUCGGCUUGCGACUCACCGGCGAGCUGAACGUGACCGCCGUUUGGCAACAGCCCACCGAUCACGAUACCUUCUUGCUCAGGAUACAGCUUCUGUCGCCGCAGUUAUGGAUCAAGUCUCGGAGAGCUCCAGAACCGGAAGGCUUCGUCGAACACUCAUCGAAAGUGGACACUGUCGGCGAUAAGCCGGUGUUGCUCUUAUGGCGACACGGCGAGAUAAAGUCAAUCUACAUGGACCCGUCGGAGACCGUUUCAUCGGCGAAUUUGAAACGUGGCCUGGCUAGUUUCUUUCAAUAUAGGCUGCUCGACGGCGAGGUCCAAGAACGGGACGCUUCCGGCCUCUGCAACGCUACUUAUCAUUCCCUGGGUCCGAAGUCGAUCAUGAAAGAGAAGACCUUCUGCGAGCAUGCUACUCUUCCGUCGAGAAAACGCCAUCCAAACCCGCUGUUCGACGUGAAGGUCGUCAGCGAGCACAAAACGAAUUACGAGCUAUCGCAUUAUCUUCUGCCGAGCAUGGUCCACGUCAAGGAGAGCCAUAAAAUGACGCUGCCAGCGAGGCCGGAAGUUGGUACCAUCGUUACGUCGGAAGGAAUCCUUGAAGAGGUCACCGAUCUUUUGACCCCAAAUCGCAUCCAAGCCAAUACCGUGAGGGAAGCUAUUGUUUGGUUGCAACCUGGAUUCGUGGAGACCAGCAUAGAACUUCAAUUGGAGCCGGCUACGUGUCCCAGCGGCGGAUGCCAAACGCUCGAGCAAGCCCUCGACGAACACCGCAACGCCCUAGAAAACGCGGCUCUCGGCACCGGGAAGUCCGCUGCAGCGUUCAACAAGCUGUUGCCCCUAGUCAAAUCCGCCACGUCGGAAGAGUUAUUGAAGAUACUGAAGAGUCCGCGAUACCGUCUCCUGAAGACGCAGCUAUUAGACGUGAUCGGGUCCGUCUCGACGAUGCCGGGACAUCAGGCGGCGAUGAAGGCCUUGAGACAGGACGAAAUAGGCGACGACACCGAGAGAUACCUGUGGGCGUUGUCUCUGUCGCCAUCGCCGGACGCGGAUGUCGCGAAGGACGUCCUGAGGCGAUCCGAGGAGACGAUGCAGAACGACAAGGUGUCCGAGACGUUGGCUUUGACCGCGGCGGCGAUGGCUCGUCACCUGGGCUCGCCGAGCGCCGUCGAGAAGGCCAGAGUCAGCUUAGAAAUCGGUCUGGAGAGUUGCACCGGCGAGGAGUGCAAGCUGAAGUUCCUAAGGGCCCUCAGGAAUCUGAGAAGCAAGGCCUCCAUUCCGACUUUGCUGAGGUUCGCAACCGGUGACGAUAGAGCCAUCAGCGUGGCAGCUUGGAGGGCGUUGUCUGCCCUGCCGAAGGGCUCCAUAACGGACGAAGCGAAGGUUGCAGCCAGAAGAGUCUUCUACCAAAUCGGUGGUCCCAGGAGAGACAGCAGCGCCAGAACUAUCGCGUUAGACGUAAUUCUCGAGAACAGUCCUUCGAAAGACGACGUCAGGGGUCUGGUGGAGUACCUGGCCGGCUCUGAUACAGCCUACGAGAUCCGGAAGUACUUGGGCCAACGUUUAGAGCAGGUCUCUAAGAAGGACGCUCGAUUGGCUGCGAACUUGAACGAAAUAAUGGAAGAGUAUGGGAAGAGCGUGGUGAACUAUAACGUUCUGGCUCAACGUGGUUUGAGCACAGCGUUCACCAGGCACUUCUUGACGUCGGCGGAUAGCAACGGGUCUCUGGUAACUAUUCAAGAGAUCAGCUCAGGUAUAUUGAAGCGGGGUACAGUCGACGUGGUGCUGGAAGUGGACGGUCAUAACGAAGCUCUGUUCUCUCUGGGACUCUUCGCCGGUGGCCUGGGAGGCUUCGUGUCGACUUCGGGCCAAGAGGACGCUCAGGACGACGAACCAGCCACCGCUGGCAUGGAGGUUGACUUCAUGGGCGUGGGCAUCAGACCUUUCACCUUCUUCUCCGGUCAAGGAGAGUUGAUGGGUCACGUUUGGUCCGGCACUGCUUCCGAGCGGACCCCAGCAUUCCAGGCGCUGUCUUCCGUUCACAGCUACAGCGAGCACAUCCCGUUGACCUCCGGCAUGGUCGCAGAGAUCGAUGUUCAAGGUGCGGUGAGCUUCGACCUGGCGGGUCAGAUUCAACUGAGUCUGUGGUCCAGGAAUGCUCAAUCGCUGGUCGACCUGAAGGCUGGCGUCGUGAUUCAAGGCGGCAGCAAAGUACGGACGGACUUCGUGCAAAGCAUGGCUGAAUUCGCCAUGACGAUGGAGCCAAAGCUGGAGCUGGCCACGGACGUGGACUUCUCUGGACCGGUGUCCCUCUGCAUGAGGCUCAGCCAACCAACGAACCUCGUCAAAUACCAGGUGUACAAGGUAGAAAGAAUAGCAGGCAGCAGGCACAAGCUGAGGAAAACCAGGAGGAUGAAGCUUCACAGUCCCGGCAGGUCUUAUCAAUUGAACAGCAAGAACAACGAGAUGUGCUCGAAAGUGAUAAACUCUCAGUGAUCGUUGUCGCGGGACUUGAUUAGGCUUUAAAAAGUUUACUAUGACAAUUUUAUCGAAAGCGUUAGCUCGUGUCGUCCUUGCGUAGUGCGCGACGUGGCAUCGCGUGCCUCACGAUGGACCUGUGUCGUACACAUUGGUGGAAUAUAUUUUUAUACUGUAAGCAAUUAAUGCCGAAUUGGUGCUCCGUUGAUGGAAGUCACUUGAAGUCAUUCCAGUUAGCAGUAGAUCUGUUUACAAUCGCAGACGAAGUUCAGUGGAAAGGAAGCGAAAAUAGGGGUCAAUCAUGUCUCCUCAAAUUAACGUUGCUGUUACUCUGAUAAUAUUACUGUUUGAUAUACACAUACUAUAUAAAACUUGAGCAUGUAACAGCAAUGUUUAUUUCAUAAAACUUCAUUGACAUCUAUUUUCACCACAUGUCCACGUGAUUUUGUCGUCGGCUGUACCUUUGAUCUAACCACGAUUAUUCUGAUAUCAAUUUUUAUGCAUUUUUAUAUGAUAACAUUUUGUAUUCUACACGUAAAUUUUUGAUACCUUGGAAAAUAUACAACGACAAAGAUAUUAUUGCGCGUCUCCAGUGAAAAACUGUAUGGCGUAUAAACGAUCUUUGGUCGAUAGAAUUUUAUGAGGUCAAUCUAACGUAUCCAGCAGCAUGACUUUAUUCCAUGAACUGCCUUUAGCAGAGAGACCUUAUUUUUCUACUGUAAAUUUGUAUUACCUUGUUGAGCGUCAAAAUGUUUAUAAGCAUCUGUUGUUAAUGUUCCAGCUACCAGAAUUUCAAUAUUCUUAAAAUAAGUGUUCGAAUGAUAGUCUAAAGAAUUGCAUUUCGAAUAGGGGAGGCUAAGGAGGAUCGAUGCAUUUUGGAAAGAAAGAUCCUGUAGACGAAACUAAUUAAAAUUUUAAUAAUCUCUUUGUACAUUUAUAGUCAAUAUGAUACACUUCAACGUGAACGAAGGUAACCCUUUGAACUCCAUCGACGACUCUGAGGCAACUAAAAAUUAUUAUACUGUAAUUUUAAACAACUUUCACAUUGGUAAAUUUGUUUAUAUGUAUUUCUGAGCUGUAUGAAAUUUCUAGGUUUUCAAAUUCAAGUCGUAUCGAGUGCGAAGGGUUAAAUUCGUUUAAUUGAAACGAACAACAUAUAACAAGAAUGUGAUUUUGUGAAACAUAAAAUGUCUCGGACUUCCCCAUUUAUGGGAGUAUCGAUAUGCGAUGAUGAUGGGUGUCGUGGGACGUAAAAAUAAAGUUUGUUUUGCAUAAAUCUCGCAA